AUGACUGCAGGCAAUAUCUUCGACAAUCCCCCGGCACGAAAAUCACCCAAACUCUUCAAGCCGCUUACAGUACGAGGAGUCACAUUCCAAAACCGUAUCUUCCUGGCCCCGCUGUGCCAAUACUCCGCGCAAAAUGGUUACGCGACAGACUGGCACCUUACGCAUCUAGGGGGCAUCAUCCAGCGCGGACCCGGACUAGCCCUGAUGGAAUCGACAGCCGUCCAGAAAGAAGGCCGGAUUACACCACAGGACAUCGGACUGUGGGAAGACGGACAGAUUGAACCACUAAAACGCAUUGUCGACUUUGCACACAGCCAAGGCCAGAAGAUUGGUGUCCAACUCAGUCAUGCUGGCCGCAAGGCGAGUACUGUUGCGCCAUUUGUGUCGAUAAAUGCGACUGCAACCGAGGAUAUUGAUGGGUGGCCCCAGAACACCUUUGCGCCUUCUGCUAUUCCUUUCAACGAGGUGUAUCCGCGCCCCCGGGAGAUGACCCUUGUUCAAAUUCAGGAGUUCAAGGAUGCAUUUGUUACCGCGGCGAUGAGAGCAGUUAAGGCUGGGUUUGAUGUUGUGGAGAUCCAUGCUGCACAUGGAUAUCUCAUUCAUCAGUUCUUAAGUCCGAUCAGCAACAAGCGGACCGAUGUGUACGGUGGAAGUUGGGAAAACAGGACGAGGCUGGCGUUGGAGAUUGUGGACCUUGUUCGGGUUGCGAUUCCGGAGAACAUGCCGUUGUUUGUGCGCAUUAGUGCGACGGACUGGUUUGAUAAUAUGACCGACGAGUUCCCUGAGAGCUGGACCGUUGCCGAUAGUGUCAAAAUUGCUCCGAUGCUUGCCUGUCGCGGUGUUGACUUUUUGGAUGUCAGUUCUGGUGGUAUCCAUCCAUUACAGGGAACUAGCAUCAAGUCUGGUCCUGGGUACCAGGCGCCUUUCGCGUUUGAAAUCAAGAAGGCAGUUGGGGAUAAGAUGGUCGUCUCGGCUGUUGGAGGUAUUCGGACUGCUGAGCUUGCCCAGCAACUCGUUGAUGAUGGCCUGGAUGUGAUUAUGUGUGGUCGUUGGUUCCAGAAAAAUCCGGGAUUGGUCUAUUCUUUUGCCGAUGAACUUGAGGUUGAUGUUAAGAUGGCGAAUCGGGUUGCCUGGGGAUUCAAAGGCCGGACGAAGAAGCAGAGCACCAAGCAGGAAGCUUGA